AUGGAGAUCAUUCUGCCAGUCCGAAAACCUCGCGAGAACAGCCUUCCUUGGCCGCCCCCAAGACCUUCUCUACGGCCAGCCCUCUCUGGGAGACCCGGCCCAGAAACCAUUCCCCAUGAAAUCUUCAUCUGCAUCAUCGAGUCCAUCAUAGACGAUACAAUCGCAUUUCUCGCAACCAAAGACGACCGCACCAAGAAGAUCCGAGUCGUCGAGUGCACCGACACCCAGGCCCCCGAUGCAAGCCGCUUAGAGGUCGGAAACCAAGCCAGAGGCUACGAGGACUGCAUGGAAAUCCUCGAGAUGUCCCAACAAGACUCGAAGGCACAGAAGAAGCGAUACAGACUCCUUCGACUUCCCCUCGGUACCAGCCGGGCAACUCGAAACGCAGCACACCGAGGAAUCUUCCCGUACAAACUCAAGACUGGGGAAUGCGUGCUUGUGGUACGCAAACCUCUCUUCAAUGCGGAAGUGCCCUGGUUGAUCUGCCCCGAGAUAGACAGCUUCUACAUACCCGAACAGGACUCGGGAUUGGCUUACACUCAGAGCACAUCGAAGUAA